UUAUGCGGGAGCACCGCACUCCGGGACUUCAAAAGAGAAUCCGAGGCGUUCGAUCCGGGCUGCGUUCGGCCUGCCUACCGGAAUACUCAACUUGACACGACAAGGAGGACUUUUUCGAUUAGUGACAGCUCGAGUGGGCGCAGUUUGGUUGCAACGCACGGGAGGGAUUCGGUCACCUUUGCUCGUUUUUUCUCCAUGUCUCUACACACGAUGACUGUGGCGGAAUCUCGCAACUGGCUUCUGCCAGACCGAGAUCCCCGGGUGGAAGGAUGGGUGUUCAUCGGAAGUCCCGUGGCCGUGGUGACGGUGCUAUCGUGCUACGCCUACUUUGUCAAGAUUUGGGGUCCCCGGAUGAUGAAGAACGCCAAGCCGUUCGACCUCCGGCACGUAAUCUUGUGCUACAACGCCGCCAUGGUGUUGGCUAACCUGGCCAUCGCGACGCGCGUGGGCUACUACGCCUUCGUCACGGGACACUACCACAUCUUCCUGCAGGGUCCCGACCUGUCCACGAGACCCACCACCAUGCUCCUGCUUCAGGUCUCCUGGUGGUACCUUAUGCUCCGCCUUUCGGAGUGCAUUGAGACCGUCUUCUUUGUGCUUCGCAAGAAGUUCAACCAAGUCAGCGGUCUGCACGUCUUCCACCACGUGUCCGUGGCUUUCUGCACAUACUUCUACAUCACGUACGGAGGAUUCUCGAUCGCCUGCUUCGAGACAGUCUUCAACUCCACCGUCCACGUCAUGAUGUACGCCUACUACUUCCUGGCUGCCCUGGGACCGGGCAUCCAGAAGCACCUCUGGUGGAAGAAAUACCUCACCAGGUUCCAGCUGGUGCAGUUCAUUGUGAUGAUCGUGAGGAACUGCUGUCUGGUGUACACGCUCGGCAUGCCCUACUCCUCGCUGCCCCUGUUUAUGCUGUCCCAGUGCGUCAUCUUCUUCGUGCAGUUCCUCAGCUUCUACAUCAGGUCCUACAAGUCCAACAUGGUUAGGGUUAUCAAAUGUGACGGUUCUUCGCCGGACGCCCACUGGAAGGAUGAGCAGGUCAAGGCCAACUGAGAGUGUGCGCCAAGGAUUCGAAAGAACGUAAUUGAGGUUGUUAGUGCUGUUGAUGCGUGGACCGAGGAUUGUCUCCGAAAAGUUGGACGCAUCUGCUCGUCGAGGUUGGACGUUGGAUGUGCAACUUUGAUUAACUUAUUUAUCGAAAUGGACAAAACAAAGUUGGCGCGGACAGAUUUGCUUCCAUGGUACAGUUGUGCCUGAUGCAGUCUGUCAGCGGUUCAGCGCGCGUCUGUACAGCUUGUAAUAUACUGGUUGCGUGUUUAUAGUUUAUUUUUGAUAUUGUGCAUCAUUUAUUACCAAGGACUUUUUUAAAUGAUACGUGUUGUAUUGUAACAUCUAUUUUUUAUGGCUCAAAUCGGUUUGCGUAAGCGCGCCGGAGCAAAUUCUGUACAUAGCCAAAUAAAAAGUGUCCUCCUUAAUUUCUGA